AUCGCGCUCUUCUGCUCGACGUUCACCACGAUGAGCACUUCUGAAGUCGACAUCGCGUUCUCGUUGCUGCCAGUUUCCGUUAGAGAUCGCAUAGAUCAUGCGUUCGACUCUGCCCUCGAAUCUACUCAAGCUACUCAGCCAUGGAAGAGAAGGGAACCCGAAUCGAACGAUACUGCCGCCGGUGGUUUCAUUUCUAACGACACCUCAAGUGCAGGCGGAUUCAUAAUGGAGGAACCCACUCCCGGAGGAUUCAUUAUCGAUGAACCAGCCCCUGGCGGCUCUAUUGUAGAUUCUGAAUCACCAUCUGCAGGCGGAUUUAUUCGAGAUGACCAAGAUUCGGACGAAGAGACUUCAGAUGAGGAACAUAACAGAAUUCCACUGUCACUGAUACCUACUGCAUUACAAUUAUUGGACCUACAACCGGACGACGAGGAUGUUCUAGCCGUGUUUCGCAAUGCGGCUUCAGGCUGGAGUGAACGCAGUAGGACCUCAGGAGGCGAGGACGAAGAGCAAUUUGUCAGUCGAAAGGAUUGGCGAGCUGUCUGCGCUGCUCUAAUGGACACAGGUGAUGGUCCCGGAGACGAUGAAGACCGAGAUGUUGAGAUGCGAAUGGACGACGACAACGAAGUGCUGUCUGAAGAAGAGUACAACCCAUCCGAUACUAGUUCUUCGGAGGCUGGAGAAGAUGACGACGACGAGUAUAAUGAAGGCGGCUUUAUUCCUACCAAAGCGAAGGGCAAACAGGCUGCAUCGAAGUGGCAGUCUCGUUCUCGUGCCAAGUCUGAUACUGAUUCAUUGCAAGAUUCUGAUUUCGAUGAUUUGCCCAAUACGCCGAAACGCAUCACACCCCGCCAGAGAGCGGACUGUCGGCGAACAUUUGCUCUGUUCUUUCCUAACGUGGAAGACAAGGAUCUUGACCGCAUGAGAAUCAUGAUUCGAGACGUUUCUAGGGUUGCAACUUUACUGAAGGAGAAGAUCACUGCGGAGGAGAUUGUUGAGAUGCUGGAAGCCUUCUCGAGCUCUGCAGAUAAGUCGAUGAAGCUUGCCGACUUUGAAAAAAUGAUGAUUGCAGCCAAAUUAGCUUGAGCCGGCUAUCUACACACUCGAACGUAUAGAACAAGCCCGAAUUGACUUCAGUCCUCAUCUUGACGGGACUACUCAACAUCACUUAUUUCAUGAGGGCGGCGCGUCGCAGUGGCGUUGGUUCAUCCUAGGCCACUCUAAGUGAGAGCCUAUUCGAUGUCGACCAGGGUUGAUCAUCAUCUC